AAUGGGGAAGUUCCGCAACAGCGAUCCCAAAAGCCAGGUCUCGUCGGAGCAGUUUGGUUCGAAUGCUUCAUUUCCGUGGUGAUCGUGUUGAACUCGGCACUGAUGGGCAUCGAGAGCCAGUUGGCCUUAAAUGGCCAAGAACUGUCGAACGCCGGUGCUGCCGAGAUAGUCUUUCUGAUCAUCUAUACUGCAGAGAUCGUUCUCCGCGUGAUAGCACAGCAGUGGGCUUGUCUGAGGGAUUGGUGGUUUCUCUUCGAUUUUUCCUUAGUGCUCUCUGCCAUAACAGAACAGUUGGUGUUUGCUUUUACCGGGGAGUCGGCAGACACGAUCAUGAUCCUUCGGCUUUUGCGCUUGAUCCGACUAGUCCGGAGUUUCCGCAUGAUCAAGCAGAUUCGAUCGGUUUGGCGGCUUGUUUAUGGGCUGGUGACCUGUGGUGAGACCAUGUGCUCCACCUUUGCCUUACUUGGCUUGGUCAUCUACGUCUUUGGCGUGCUUGGUGUCGAGGUCAUCGCAGGCAACUCGGAACUCCUGUCUAAUUCCAGGACAGCCAGUAUCAUCACAAACCAUUUUUCUUCCCUGGGCAUGACCAUGGCGACGCUGACACAGUUCGUUACCAUGGACUCCAUUGCUGCAGUCUACACGCCACUCACUUUGGAACAGCCCUGGCUGCUUCUUUACUUCCUGCCUCUCGGGGCCAUCGUGUCGAUAGCCCUCAUGAACUUGAUCACCGCUGUUUUAGUGGAAGGGGCACUCGAGAGUGCUCGACAAGACCGUGAGGAGGAGCGGAAGAUGGACAGCAUCACCACGAAGCAAAUGGUGCCGCAGAUCGUGGCCCCUGGGCCGCUCUCAUAA